AUGGGCACAAAGCGCAGGAAGGGAAGCGAGCUGCCUACAAGCACUAGUAAUGUCUUGGGCCUUUCAUAUGCACCUUCGGAGUGCCCACCACCUGCCAAGGGACCAAGGACUGCAACAUUAAUCGCACCACCGUCUAAUGCUCGCCGCUUUGGCUUCAAGGGACCGUCGAUCUCGCAGCUAUCGAUGCCUGCUACCGCCAUAGCGACCAUCAAGACCGAGCCAUUGCUUGGUAAUGAUCAGAACACAGUACGUGGUAAUAAGAUAGUUCAGAACAGCGCGGAUGUGGAUACGACACAGAGCAUAGCACCUAUAGAUUUUGAAGUGCACAUACUUAAAACUUUCAAGGAGAGCUUCGAUCAGGAAAUAGUAUCGACGCUCGAGCAGCUGCUGGCCUUUCGACCAAAAGCAAACAAAUUCGCGGUCAAAGCACGAAAGGAAGAACAGGUCAAUUACAUUAAACAGCUCAAGACUAGUGUGCGCGAUGUCGUCACCAAGAUUCAGAGCUUCAGCACCCAAUCCGCAGCGAUGGACGACAAAUUGGCUGGGCAGAAGGCAAUUCUGGAGCAAAGGUUGGUAUCACUGCAGCUGGCAGCAAGGAACCAAAGGCAAACGGAGGGUGAGGCGAAGAUACUACGAGAAAAAUGUGAGAUGAUGCAAAAAAAUAUCAUGCAAAUUCAGGCGUCAGAGCAGGAAAUCCGCCGCACUAACACAUUUUUUCGAGACAACUCUGCAAAACUUGAGAUUAAGCUCAAAGAGACUCAAAAAGAGAACGAGCAGCUAAAAAUUGACUUGAAGGCCCAUCAAACACUCUUACAGAACGAGAAGCAGCGAUUUGAAAAUGAAAGACUAGAGCUGGAAAGUAUUUUUAGGCAAAAAGGUCUUGAAGCAAUCAAGGACAAGCAAAUAGAGCUGGAUAAUUUGCAGGAAGAAGUCAGCAAGAACCGUGAUGAGCUUGCUUCAGUUAUCAAAGUGUUGGACAAAUACAAGGAUAGGGCAAUUGAUGCGGCAAACAGUCUUAACGACGAGCGUGAACGGCGUACAAGAUCCGAGAUGGAAAAAUGCACUCUCGAGGCUAAAAACCAGGCUCUUGAGUCUCGUAUGAGCAGUGCGGUGAGUGAUGCGGCAGAAUUGAAAGAAAAGCUUCAGCACAAAGAAGUUGAAGUGUCCAAUUUAGUUAAAAGUUUGACCGAAAUCCAGAAAUUUAACGCAUCCGUUAGCACCAGGGUUGAAGCUGACAAAAAGGAAUUGGCUGAUAAAGUAGAGCGACUUCAAAAUACAAUUCGAACGCUUGAGCUGCGGGAGUCGUCAAGCGCAACGACAAUGCGUGACCUCCAAAGACAGGCUGAGGUAGAAUUAAAUGCUCGAAUAGAGGCUGAGAAAAGCGAGGAGGGACUUCGCUCGCGAAUAAAAAAUCUCGAAAUUGAGUUGCAAGAGAAGUUGCAAAAAGUUGGAGUAGAGGGAGGCGUUCGUCAAAUGCUCGAGGAUCAAGUACGCGAACUACGAACCGAGCAUAUAGCUGUAAAUGCUCAGAUGGAAGCAGUGAAAGCAGAGAUGGAACGACUAAGGUCUGUCAAUGUUGUCUCAAAAGAGCAAUACAAUGACCAGAUCAAUAGCUUAGAAAAAAGGUUUCAGCACGAACGGCAGAAGUAUAUGGGCCAGAUCGACAAUUUGCAGGAGGAGAAAGUCAGUCUUGAAAGUGAAGUGAACACUUUACGAAGACGAGCUUCAUCGGUUCGUGAUGGCGACAUUGAAGAAUUGUGCAAAGUGAAACGUGAGGCUGACAUUCUUCGACGACGUCUCAUCGAGCUGACUAAUCAGGGUACUCAGUCGAUUGCUCAGAAAGACGAAAUGAUAUUGGAGCUUCAAGAAAAAGUCAAGCAGGGAGAGAAACAGAGGAGGCUGAUGCACAAUACCAUUCAGGUUCGUUCUGUCAUCUUGACAUCAUAUUGCUGUGAUUAUAUUUUUUCUGCGUUACAGGAACUGCGUGGAAACGUUCGUGUGUUUGCUAGGACACGACCGUUCUUACCGUCAGAUCAUUGCGAUCCUAACAAAACAUCACCCGUUAUUUCAUGCGAUUUUGAUGGUGAAAGCUUGAAGUUAGUACGUCCUGGGAAAAAUUCGUCAGAGCCGGAUUCCUUUGCCUUCAAGUUUGACAAAGUAUUUGCACCUUCCGCUGGCCAAGAUGUCGUUUUUGAGCAGGUAUCUGAAUUCGUCCAGUCUUCUCUGGAUGGGUAUCACGUUUGCCUAUUUUCCUACGGCCAGACUGGAUCAGGUAAAACACACACGAUGCAAGGAAGUGGCAAUGGCCAGAUGCGUGGAAUAAUUCCCAGGGCUAUUGAGAUGAUUUUACAAGAAUGUGAAGCUUUAAAAAAUCAGGGAUGGAGCUAUGUGACGAAAGUUUCAUUUUUAGAAAUCUACAACGAAACAUUAAGAGAUCUACUUGCCACCAAACAUACUGGCGAUGAAAAACUAACCAUAAAGAAAGAUACGAGUGGAGGCGUGUGUGUUCCAGGAUUGUCAAUGGUCCACAUCAAUUCCAUGGAACAAGUUGAGAAUCUCAUGGAGCGAGCGAGUAGAGCGCGAAGCGUGGCGUGCACAGACAUGAAUGCAAAAUCCUCUCGUUCUCAUAGCGUUUUCUCGCUGCAUUUGAAAGGGAUGAAGGACAAGGAUGGAAUUGUAUUAAAUGGUCAGUUGAACCUCGUCGAUCUGGCGGGUAGUGAGCGUGCUUCCCGGUCCAAUGUCUCCGGCGACCGCUUAAGAGAGACACAAGCUAUCAACAAGAGUUUAAGCUGUCUCGCUGAUGUCUUCACCGCCAUUGGAAACAAGGCUUCUCAUAUCCCUUUUCGAAACUCAAAGUUGACCUACUUACUCCAAAGCAGCUUAUCAGGCGAUGGCAAAACAUUAAUGAUGGUCAACCUGUCGCCAACACUUGAAUCGGCAAGCGAAAGUUUGUGUUCUCUUCGAUUUGCAAAGCAAGUGAAUCAGUGUGAAUUAGGCAAACCAAAGCGACAAGUCAAGUCCAGGCAAGAUUCAUCCUGA